AUGGUAGCAGUAAAAAAAGGUUCCAAAAAGGAAACCAAAGCUAAAAAAAUCAAAAAAGUCCCCGAAGGUCGGGGGAUUAUUCAUGGCAAAUUUAGUUUUAAUAAUACUAUUUUGCAGUUGAGUAAAGAAAAUGGUGAUAUACUCGGCAAACAAGAUAGUGGUGGAAGUGUAGAGAUUGGCAAUAAUAAAAAAGUUACUGGGACCAAGAAAGCUACCGCUUUUAUGGCUGAAAAAGCCGCCGAAGAAAUAAUUAGAAGAGCAGUCGAAUUUGGGGUUUAUAAUGUCAAAGUGCAAGUCAAGGGAAUUGGUUCUGGCCGAGAUGCCGUGAUAAAAAAGAUACUGGAAGAGAAAUCCUUAACUGUGGAAGAGUUAAUUGAUAGAACUCCUAACCCUCAUGAAGAAAUAGUUCUCAAAAAUAAACCCCACACUGCUUCUUACGUUUUUCAUCGAUUACCUCCAGGCAUGGGGAUAGUCCUCGGCAAUUACUUACGCCAGUUUCUUUUGAAAUAUACUAGUGGAAUAGCUCCGGUGGGAGCAAAAAUCCGUGACAAAGAUGGUUCGGCGGAAAGUGAAUUUAGUGUCCUCGUAGGAGUACGAGAAACAACUCCUUAUCUUAUUAUCAAUCUGAAAAAUAUUAUCGUUGAGGAAAAGAAAAAAAAGGAAGGGAUUUUUUGCCUCGAAUUAAAUAUCGAGAACAAAGAAAAGCAGGAAAGAGUAAUUACUGCUGCUGAUUUUCAGAAAGAUAAAGAUAUAGAAAUUAAAAAUCCUGAACUUUACCUUGCUACUCUUGCCCCCACAGCUAAAGAAGAACAAGAAAAAAAUUACUUUGCGGGGGAGGAAGAUGUUAUUGUUUUUGAUACUGAUUAUUCGCCAGUUAAGGGUGGAAUGGUGAAUUUUCAAACCACUUUGGAUGUAAAUAGUCAAGAAAUCCCCGAAGAGAAGUUAACUGUCACUAUUACUACUAACGGCGCCGUUAAACCAAAAAAAGUUCUCCAAGAAGUUUUAGAGAUGUCAAAGAACUUUUUUAGUACAAUUACUGAUUCGAUUAGUAUGGCCGAUGCUAUUUUGCACGAAAAAAUAGAAACUAGUCUACCGAUGGCUCGGAGUUUAACAAAGUUGUUGGCGAAACUU